AGAAGACGGGUGGAGCAUUGUUUGCUGUUGUUCAAUUUGGCUAUUUUUCAACGAUUUUCUUUGUUUGCCUCUUAUUUAUGUUACGAAAAUGGUUUAAAACUAAAUAUAAUAUGUCAGUUCCGUAUGUUAAGUAUAAUUUAGUUUCUAUCGUCGCGGUUUAAAACGCAAGAGUUUCUCCGUUUCCACUCGUGGACUUCAAGCUCAAGCUUCUGUUUCCUUGUUCUUCAGAAUGCAAAAUACAGAAGAUCUUCGAUCAGCAAUGCAACCAGAAAACUGAAGAGUUGUGAAGAUCUUCUGUGAUCUUGAAACAUGAUGGAGAAAAACGCUAUGCAUAAACAUGACCAACUCUCUAAUGCCAGUGGUGACAGUGGUGUCAGUGAUUCCUCAAAUCACAGCAUUGACAAUCCUCCUGUAUUCAGAAAGAUGCAUAAACAUGACCAACUCUCUAAUGCCAGUGGUGACAGUGGUUUCAGUGAUUCCUCAAAUAGGAGCAUCGAACAACCUCCAUUAUUCGCAUUAAACAUGAGUGAUUCCAGAGCAGCAGAAAGAGCAGAAGUGUUAAAAAAACAUAAAUACACCAUAAAAGAAGAACUCAGACGAGGGAUUUCAGGAAGAGUGUUUCUGGUGAAGAGUCCAGAUGAAGAUUACUUUGUGGUCAAAGAGAUCAACUACAGAGAUAAUAUGGAUUUUUAUCGAGACGCAGUCAAAAACGAAAUCAACAUCCUGAAGAAACUGCAGCAUGGAUAUAUCGUUGGUUACAAGGACUCCUUUGAAGAAUCUGGAUACUUCUACAUUGUGUCGGAGUACUGUACAGGAGGAGAUCUGGACAAGAAAAUGAAGGAACAAAAAAAUAAACAUCUUCCUUUCAAAGAAGAACAGAUCAUUGACUGGUUUGUUCAGAUUUGUCUGGCUCUGCAGCAUCUCCAUAAGAAGAACAUUCUCCACAGAGAUAUAAAACCUCAGAAUGUGUUUCUGACUGAGGAUGGUUACAUCAAUCUAGGGGAUUUUGGAUGCUCAAAAGUGCUGCAAAGUGCUGAUGAAUAUGCAACAUCGGUUGUGGGUGCAGAGCUCUAUAUCAGCCCAGAGAUCCAUAAAAAGAGACAUAAUUCCAAAAGUGACAUCUGGUCAUUGGGAUGGUUGCUUCAUGAUCUCUGCAUGCUGGAUGUGUGGUCAGACAUCAUAGAGCGUCGACAUCUUCAUGCCAUUAGCUUGAGGGGAACCACACCCACAAUCUCAAAUAUAUACUCGGAAGAUGUAAAGAAAUUAAUCAGUCAAAUGCUCAGUUGUGACCCACAUAGGAGACCUUCAGCUGAUGAGAUUCUGGCUAAACCAUUCCUGAAAGAUGCAGUAAAGAGAAAUAGGAGGAUUCCAGAAGUCCUUCAACAAAGGUUAUUGACUUCCAUCGAUACCUUUAAUGAGGCCUACAGUGAGCACUAUAAAGACUUUUAUACUGUAGUGAGUGAGUGGAAAACAGCAACAGAUUCACUAGAGGAGAUCCAUCAUAACUGCACUAUAGGCAGUCUGACCGGUUCAGUGAUCGGAGCCGCUGGAGGAAUCACUGCAUUAGUUGGUGCAAUUUUGUCACCGUUCACAUUUGGAGCGUCUCUGAUUGUAGCUGGUGUUGGGAUUGGUGUUGGAGUUGCAGGAGGUGUAACAGGUGCUGCAUCCAACAUUACCAAUAAUGUCAAACAAAAAGCACUCCGUGAGAGGUUUGAAAAACUUCAGCAGGACUACAAAAAAGCAAGUGAACCGAUUCUUAAGUCACUCAAAAAACUGAGAAAGUUACUGAGAAAACUUACAAAGUUCCGUGAUUUUGUCAGUAGCUCAACUUUAGAUAAUGUGCAAAUAUCAUGGAGAUUAGGCAGAGCCGGAGUAGCUGGUGUCACACAAUUCGUGACUCUUGGCAUGUUGGCAAGUUUCGGCAGAAUUGCUGUUCAGUCUGCCGGUGUCGGACGAGCAGUCGCUGCAGCUUCAGGAGUGUUGAGUGGAAUCUUAAUCAUAGCAGACAUCGCCUUUAUCGUGAAAGAUGCCAGAGAGAUUCACCGGAUGAGACAGGGAAGAGUAGAUGAUCCAGAAAAGGUCCAAUCCCCUGUACUCAAAGCCAUCGCACAGAUGAGGAAAACACAUUCAGAGCUUUGCAAUGUCUUGACAGAAAUUCAAAGAACAAGAAAUGAAUUGGCAAAUGACGACAGAAAUUUAGUUUAAACUUAAAAAAUAUGAUACUACUGAUUUAUAUUUGAGCUUAAGGGGAGAAAGAGGUUUUUGCAGAAAACGAUUUAAAUUACAGUAUGUUGCACGAGCCACACUAUAGAAUAGAUAUGCGCUGGGUGAAAUCAGAUUUUGCAAUCAUUCUAUUAUGUAACCAUCAACUAUACUAAUAAUUGCAUGGAUUAUUUGUAUUUAUAUGCACAGGAAAACUUCUCUGAAAUGAUUUUGUUCUAAAGUUAAUGAAUUUUGUAUUUGUGAAUUUUUCUGUGAACUGCACACCUGGGAUUAGUAAUUUGCAUAAACAUGCCCAAAUAAUCUAGACAACAACAUCAAUUUGUCAAAAGUCUUGUGGAGGCAUCUUUUCGUAUGUGUUUUG